AUGACUGGCGAGGCCAAGCCACGCAAGCAUUUCACGGGGUCGACCGCCGGGAACCACAUCGGCCCCGCCGCAUUGCCGAAGUAUACGGAAACCUGGCGGAUCCCGAAGGACCAGAAGUCCAAGCUGCUCGGCGUUCGCGGCAAAGUCCCAGCUGGGGGGCCAGCCUCUGCUGAGACGGGGCCGGGGGCGAUCAUCAACACCGACGACGGGGAGAAGAAGAAAACCUACGACAAGCCUGAGUUUACAGACGGCCUGGAGCCCGUGAACUGGCACUGCGCUGGCGAUGCCCUCAUCGAGGAAAUGAUCCACAGCUUCGGUCUGACUGCGCUCGUGAAGCGCGUGUGGGACCUGUUCUGGACCGAGGGCAAUCGCUUAUACCAGAGUGGCUUGGUGGAGAUCCUAGGCGCCGACGAUGACAACAAACCUUCUCCUGGGGGGGAUCCGAAUCGGAUCAGGAAGCGCACGGCCCCCGCCGGCAAGGGCGCCGAGGGUGGUGGUGGCAAGAAGACCAAGAAGCAGAAGUUGCUCGAGCAGUUGGCGGCUGCUGAGGGCGCCGAGGGAGAGGCACGCGCCCGAGAGCGCAGGCAGGCCGCGGGAGCCGCACAGGGGGGGGGCCCGGGCAAGGACAUCUACCUCAUCUGCGACUACAUGGAGUCGGAUUUGCACGCCGUCAUCCGUGCCAACAUCUUGCAGGACGUUCACAAGCAGUACAUCAUCUACCAGCUGCUGAAGUCGCUGAAGUACAUGCACUCUGGCCAGAUGCUCCAUCGCGACAUCAAGCCCUCGAACAUCCUGCUGAACUCCGACUGCCAGGUGAAGGUCUGCGAUUUUGGGCUCGCGCGCGGCAUCACUCAGCAGGGCGACUCGGGCGCGAACCCGGUGCUCACGGACUACGUCGCCACGCGCUGGUACCGCGCCCCCGAGCUGCUCCUCGGCUCCACCGCGUACACUAAAGGUGUUGACCAGUGGAGCGUUGGCUGCAUUCUCGGGGAGCUCCUCUCGGGCAAGCCGAUCUUCCCAGGCACUUCGACCAUGAACCAGCUGGAGCGGGUGAUCGAGGUGACCGGCCGCCCCACCCCGGAAGACAUAGAGGCCGUGAAAUCGCCCUACGCCCAAACCAUGCUGGAGCAGCUGACCAACUCCCGCGCCAGGAAGCUGAACGAGAUGUUCCCGAGCGCGAGCAAAGAGGCCCUCGACCUGAUGAAGUGCUGCCUGCAGUUCAACCCCAACAAGAGGAUAUCCGCGAAGGAUGGGCUCCGUCAUCCUUAUGUCGUGCAGUUCCACAACCCUGAAGACGAGUGGGAAUGCGACCGUGUGAUCAAGAUUCCGAUCGACGACAACACCAAACUGACCGUGCAAGACUACCGCGAGCGCUUGUACGCCGACGUCCUCAGGAAGAAGAAAGAGCAGCGCCGGUCCCACCGCAGGAACCUCGAGGAGCAGGCGGCGAUGGCGUCGCAGUCGCAGGGGUCUUCCGUGGACCCACGGCUCGCUUCCCAGAGCAGGCACUCCAGAGCGGGCAUGACGUCCUCGAAGUCCAGCGUAUCCUCUGCUUCCGGGACGGCGGCUAGGCGCUGA